GCAGACAGGCCCGCUCACAGGUGGCGGUGCGGACACAGGCCCAGCCGGGCGUGGCUGCCACGCUCACUUCAGCCACACUAGACCCCGAAAGGCAGCGGCACGACCUACGCUGGGUCAGGUGCGCGUGGGCCCAGGCGGGGACCACACGGGCUUGGGAGGAGCCAAGGCCGGGCGCUGCUCAGGGACGUGAACCGGGAUCAGGAAGGCUGCGGGGAGGGCGGCGCACGGGGGCGCAGGGGCCGACCCACAGCGCGGCGUGCGGCGCCCGGGGAGGAGCCGAGGGGAGGGGAGAGCGCGGAGAGGCUCCGGGGAGCACGGCACUGGGGCCAGGGAAGGGCCAGGGAAGGCCCGCCGGCAUCGGCGUCGGCUGCGGGCUGGGCCCGCGACGCCCCCAGUUCACGGCGCCCCGCCCCUGCCCCCCGGUUCGCAGCGAGACUACGACAGGCGGUGACGCACUCGCAGCCCGGCCGCAGCCGCGUUGCCACCACGGAGCAUCGCGAGACGUGGACUCGGUACGAGGCCCCGCGGCUACCGCGAGUUAACAGCGUCCACCGCCCGCUUCUGACGCAGCAGGUCUCGCGACAACGCAGAUCCCGCGAGAGGCGACGCCUGAGGCCCUCCUUGCGGUACCGAGGCGGGGCGGGCGGCGCGGGGGCCUUUCGGGGAUCAUGCCGUCCGCCUUCUCAGUCAGCUCCUUCCCCGUCAGCAUUCCCGCCGUCAUCACGCAGACAGACUGGACCGAGCCGUGGCUCACAGGGCUGGCUGUCUUCCACGUGCUGUGUCUGCUGCUCACGUGUGUCUCGUCCCGGAGGUAUGAACUGCAGGUCGGUCACUUCCUGUGCCUGGUAACUUUAGUCUAUUGCGCUGAAUACAUCAAUGAAGUGGCCGCGCUGAACUGGAGGUUAUUUUCCAAAUACCAGUAUUUCGAUGCAAGAGGAAUGUUCAUUUCGGUCGUGUUCUCGGCGCCGUUGCUGCUCAACGCCACGGUCAUUGUGAUUAUGUGGGUACGUAAGACUUUGAAUGUGAUGACUGACCUGAAGAACUUACAAGAGAAAAUAAAAGAACGGAGAAGGAGAAGAAAAGAAGAAUAAUGUUACAGCAAUUGCUCUCUGUUUUUAUGCUAGUUUUUUUCCUCCACCAUCAUUGUUUUGAGUAUUAAAGGGCACGUGUUACAAGGGUCCUUCUUA